AUGUUUUCUAUCGUAUUGAAUAUAUUUUUAUUUACGUUGGCGACAGGAUUCAUUUCCAAUGUAAACGCAGACCUAACAACGUACAACAUGACUAAGCUACAGUUAUUACCUGGGUUAGCAGCUAGAAUGUAUAAAACAUCUUUGAAUAGUUCGGCAGAUUAUUCAACAAGAUCAACAUAUAUCGAAAAUGGGCAAUAUCUUACUGAUGGAGAGUUAGUUGCACAAAAAGCUGGUGUAACGGAAUUAAAUAUUAAACGUAUCAAAUACAAAAACAAUGAUGUAUUAGGGUUUUAUAUGGAUCCUGAUGAUGACUAUAUAGUCGUUGAAUUAAGAGGAUAUCUUCGUAUGCCAUAUACUGGUCAAUUAACUAUAGGGAGAUAUGUUAAUACCAUUAGUGGUUGUGACGGCGUAAAUCUGUAUCAAAGCACUACUGAUUACUGGGUCGUAAAACAAAGUAUGUUCGUAAAUAAUACGGAUGAUGGUUCUUUAUGUACACACAAUAGUUCACUUCCUUGGUACUCAGACGAUGGUGAAUACAUGGCCAGUGUGACAUCGACAAAUUUAAAUACAGGUGGUUCAGCCUUUAUGAAUAGCGCAUAUUUUUACGAAGGUAUUUAUUAUCCAUUUAAAGUUGUUAUUCUAGUAGGUGGCGAUGGUUUGUUCACCACUGCAAGCGCUUCAAUAAAAAAUGCUCUGGGAAGUCAUUCGUUCCAAUUGAAUGAAGAAACAUUAUUUUAUGAUCCAUAUGAAAAUUUUGAAACAGACGAUGCUAAUUAUUCUAAAGACUUCCCAUUGAAUUGCCCUUCUCUUAAUGGGGAGGAGUUUGUAGACGACAUUAUUAUACCUCCAACGUCUUCUGUCCCCGAUCAAUGUCCUGUAACUUCUUCCUCCGUUGCUAGUUCUUCCAUUAUUUCCAGUGUCACAAGUAGUUCAGAACCAUCCAGUAUUGAUGUUACGAGUAGUAUUAAAUUAACCAGCAUAGAGUCAAGUAGUACAAUUUCGAGCAGCGCUGCAUUAAGUAGUAUUGAGUCGAACAUUAUUACAUCAAGUAGUGAGCAAUCUAGUAGUAUCGAGUCUAGUGGCAUUGAGUCAAGUGCUGUUAUAUCAAGUAAUACCGAGUCUAGUAGUAGUUACGCAGAAAAUACCGAAAUUUCAAGCUCAACCGGGUCUGAUAGUGUUUUUUCUAGUAGCGAUAUGCCAAGUAGUACUCAAACUGGACAAGUAUCCACAUCUUCUAGGUUUACUGCCAUAAUUACCAGUUCCCCCACCAGUGAAUCUCAAUCCAAAAUCGUUGUUACUAGUGAGGUCAAUACCCCAGAAAGUGGUUCCACAAUUUCAGAUUACUCUAAAUUUCAAACCAUAUCUAGUCUUUCAUCAAAGAUUGUUUCAAUGAUUACUAGUAGUGAAAAGUCCAUAAUUUUUACAAGUAGUUCAGGUCCUAGUAUGUCAAGCUCAACUAUAAUAGCUUCCCAUUCAACAUAUAUUCCACUUUCUCCAAUCGUGUCACCUAAUACUAAUUCAUAUUUCACUGAAUCAUACACGAGUUCAUCACAAUCGUUGGUUGUCAAUCAUUUCUCAACGAAAGAAUCUGAAGAAUCUAGUCCGCCUUCUAGCACACAUAUCCAUAACUCAGAUAGAUCUUCCUCAAGCAAUAAAUUACUUCAAGAUAAGCCGACAACCACAAAGCCUGUCUUAACAAGCCCCCAAUUAUCGUUAUUAAGGCCAUCUGGUACUUUAAAUGAAAUAUCUAACUCUAAUCAAGAAGUUCAAGCUACUGUUAGUUCUUGGAUAACCAUCACGCAAACUGACUGUCCACUGUGUAGUUUACAGACUGCUUCACAAACCAAACAGACUGUUAUUUCAUCAUAUAUCUUGAGCAAUAGUAGGUCCACAAAUAAAUCAGAGAGCAUACCUUCGUCGACAGAUAGGGAAGAUCAUUAUACUUUAUCCACAAAAUCAUCAAUUCAAACAAAUAAAAACGAUUUCGGCACAACUAAAACCUUACAUUCAUCUAGUGAAGCCGGUAUUAUACAAAAAACUUCCACAGUUUCUGCGCAGACGCACCAUACAACAUCCAUAUUAUCUGUAUUCCAUGGAAAAGCAUCCAGCCAAUCAUUUCCAAUGGUAUUGAUUGGUUUAGCAUUAGUUAUUGAUUUUUUAUAG